UAAAUAACACCUGUACACUACGGAAUUUUCUAGUCGUAGCAACAACUUAACAACAUUCUACAUUCUCCCAAUUAUCUAUUGAAUAUGUUUGCCUUCAUACACGGUAGUGCAUUGUUACAACUGAACGUCACUAGUGAUGCUUCACACGAAAUCCCACAAGCUAUAGAAAACUGGACGGGCCUAAAGGUGACCGAAUAUUACCUUACCCAAAAUGGGCGUCCAGUUGCUUCCAGUUUCCGCAGUUUGCUUGCUGACGUCCCUUUGCGAAUCAAUGAAAGAUUGGUCGGAGGAAAAGGAGGUUUUGGCUCGAUGCUGCGAGCGAUUGGUGCCCAGAUCGAGAAAACUACCAAUCGCGAGGCGUGUCGCGAUCUCAGCGGACGCCGUCUGCGAGACAUUAAUGAAGAAAAACGGCUCAAGGCGUAUUUGGAGAAGCAACAAGAUGCGUCGGAAGACGAACGUGUGAAAAUACAAAAGAAAAUCGAAAAGUUACUCUCCAAACCGAAGCAUGAGUUCGAGGACAAGGAAUACGAACAUCAGCGAAGCGAAUUGAUUGUAGAGACCGAUGAAGCUUUGCAGGAGGGGCUACAAAAGGUGGCUCAACUGGAGCAAGAUGUCCCACCCGCGGUCGACGGUCCAGAGCCAGAGGUGGCAGGAAAGCGGAAGCGGCCGAACUUGACCGCAAUCAAGGCGAAGAAAAAGAAGACCACUCUUUGGCUUGGAAAUGACGACUUGAGUUCUUCCAGCGAGACAGAAAGUGAUUCCGGAGAAGACAGCGCAGCCUCCAGCGAAACUAAAAUGUUGUCUAAUGAUGCUGUCGAACAAAAAAGAACAGAAGCCGUGGUUGUCUGAAACCUUCCGAGUAUCAUUCAAAUUGCUCCGCAUACUGUAUCAAUCACAUGUAAAGUUUUACAUAAAUA